AUGGGCAGCUUUAUCAUCAUGGAAUUCAUCGAAAGGGCUGGGCCUGUGGAUCAGGGACAGCUGGGUGUCAAUCUGGCCGCCAUGCACGAAGCCACCCCCGUGGUGAGGCGGGACGAGAAAGCCGCAGCAGGGUUCUUUGGGUUUGCGGUGGACAACAGCAUAGGGGGAACCCCGCAGCGCAACACUUGGACUCAAAGUUGGCCGGAGUUCUUCAGAGAGCACCGCCUGCGGCCACAGUUGGAGGCCAGUGGCAGCGCGGAGCUGCAGCGAAUGGCAGAGCCCCUGCUGGAGUCCCUGGACAGGCUCUUUGCCGGGGUCACGCCAUGCCCUGCUCUCCUGCACGGCGACCUCUGGUCAGGCAACGUUGCCGGGUCCAGGGAGGGGCCCGUGGUGUUUGACCCGGCGACGUACUACGGCCAUGCAGAGGCGGAGUUUGGGAUGGUCUGGUGUUCGGGCUUUGGCAGGGACUUCUGGGAGGGCUACCAUGCCGUCCUGCCUCGUGACCCUGGCUGGGAGGGACGACAGGAGCUCUACACGCUCUACCACAAGCUGGUUCAGCGCCGGUUCCGAGAACGACAAAAGAGUCGUGCAGCGGCGCUUCAAGCGCAGAUGGAGGAGCUGGAAGGGGAGAUGGGCGUGCUGCGGCUGGAGCGUGCGGCGCUGGCAAGGAAGGCCUGCGGCCCCCGGUGCCUGGGCGUGGCGGUGCCGGCCGGCGGCUGCCUGCUGGGCGCGGACUCGCACGAGGAGCUGCUGGCCCUGCACGGAGCCUUCCAGGCGGAGCUCAAGAUCCAGUACGAGCGGGCGCUGGGCGGCGGGUACCCUGAGCCGGCGCUGGCCGCGCUGGCGACGCUGGUGGACGGGUGGGCGCAGACCUUCUGGCACCUGGCGCAGACGCGGCACGAGCUGCUGAUUGGUUUCAUGACGGCCAGCCUGCCCGCCGACUCCCGGCAUCACCAGGCCUGGCCUACUAUCGCGUAUGUGGAAAGGACGACUGUCGCAGCGGCGGCCAUGCCUCGCUGGAGGCGGCGCAUAGCGCUGCUCGCCUCCUUGGACCUGGGCACCUCCCUGCAUCGCAUCUCCAGGGACACGGACGAGCUGCUGAAUCUCACGGGCAGGAUGCAGCACGCCAGUGAAGAGGAGUUUUGGGCAAGCAUGGAGCUCGCGGCCAGCGGGCCCUAUGCGACCUUCCCAGACUCCUGGCAGGCAUACAUAUGCUACUGGUCUCUGCCCUUUAUGCCCGACCCUGUCGCUCUGGUGUUCCAUAUCCUGCGCCAGGGUCAGGCCGCAGGGCGGUUGUGGGGCGCCAGGCUAGCCUGA